GUGUGGUAUCAUAUGUCAUUGUGUCUGUAGGUGUGGUAUCAUAUGCCAUUGUGUCUGUAGGUGUGGUAUCAUACGUCAUUGUGUCUGUAGGUGUGGUAUCAUACGUCAUUGUGUCUGUAGGUGUGGUACCUAUCGGCAUUGUGUCUGUAGGUGUGGUAUCAUAUGUCAUUGUGUCUGUAGGUGUGGUAUCAUAUGCCAUUGUGUCUGUAGGUGUGGUAUCAUACGUCAUUGUGUCUGUAGGUGUGGUAUCUUAUGUCAUUGUGUCUGUAGGUGUGGUACCAUAUGCCAUUGUGUCUGUAGGUGUGGUACCAUAUGUCAUUGUGUCUGUAGGUGUGGUACCAUAUGUCAUUGUGUCUGUAGGUGUGGUAUCAUAUGCCAUUGUGUCUGUAGGUGUGGUAUCAUACGUCAUUGUGUCUGUAGGUGUGGUAUCAUAUGUCAUUGUGUCUGUAGGUGUGGUACCAUAUGUCAUUGUGUCUGUAGGUGUGGUAUCAUAUGUCAUUGUGUCUGUAGGUGUGGUAUCAUAUGUCAUUGUGUCUGUAGGUGUGGUAUCAUAUGUCAUUGUGUCUGUAGGUGUGGUAUCAUAUGUCAUUGUGUCUGUAGGUGUGGUAUCAUAUGUCGUUGUGUCUGUAGGUGUGGUAUCAUAUGUCAUUGUGUCUGUAGGUGUGGUAUCAUAUGUCAUUGUGUCUGUAGGUGUGGUAUCAUAUGUCAUUGUGUCUGUAGGUGUGGUAUCAUAUGCCAUUGUGUCUGUAGGUGUGGUAUCAUACGUCAUUGUGUCUGUAGGUGUGGUACCAUAUGUCAUUGUGUCUGUAGGUGUGGUACCAUACGUCAUUGUGUCUGUAGGUGUGGUAUCAUAUGUCAUUGUGUCUGUAGGUGUGGUAUCAUAUGUCAUUGUGUCUGUAGGUGUGGUACCAUAUGUCAUUGUGUCUGUAGGUGUGGUACCAUACGUCAUUGUGUCUGUAGGUGUGGUAUCAUAUGUCAUUGUGUCUGUAGGUGUGGUAUCAUAUGUCAUUGUGUCUGUAGGUGUGGUAUCAUAUGCCAUUGUGUCUGUAGGUGUGGUACCAUAUGUCAUUGUGUCUGUAGGUGUGGUACCAUAUGUCAUUGUGUCUGUAGGUGUGGUACCAUACGUGUGCCAACCGGGGCAGAGGGUGUCACAACACCAGGCUGAAGGAAGAUGGAGGAUGUACCAUCUGGUACAAUGAGAAGGAGCUGCUGUCCGACGUGGAAGAGCAUUUAAAGUGUACCAUCACCCAGUGUGAACCGGACAUCAAGGUCCCGGUGGACGACUUUGACGGCAAGGUGACCUACGGCAAGCGCAAAGCAGCAGCAGGUGGUAACUAUAGUGGUCAUGUGGCUGCAUUGGCUCCUACAGUUCAGGAGCUGGCCAAUCUGGAGAGAGAAGCUCAGACUUCCUUCCUUCAUCUGGGGUACCUGCCCAACCAGCUGUUCAAAGCCUUCUGAGCACACACCUGCCGGUCUAGAUACGCUGUUACACCUGGGCUUACAUCAACCACCUUAACGUCCUGCUUCCUGUCCACACACACACACACACACACACACACACACACACACACACACACACACACACACACACACACACACACACUUGUCCAAACAGCCUUUAAAUACACACCUGUUCUGACUGCCUGUACAGUGUGCAGGUCUUCCGAAGAGAAGAGGCUAGCGUAGCGGCUAGCUUAUGUUACUAAAAGCUAAACGCUAAACCAACAUGCAGUGUACCUACCCAACAUGCAGUGUACCUACCCAACAUGCAGUGUACCUACCCAACAUGCAGUGUACCUACCCAACAUGCAGUGUACCUACAGGCCGCUGUAGUUUUGAUUUCGUACCUGGAGAACGAGCAGCAUAGUUAAACACGUCUCUGGUUGGAUAUGAAGUGGUCCGGAGUCCGGAGAUAAACUUUGUGACUAGAGUCACAAAUAAAUUACAUUUGUGAAACAUAAACACAUAAAUGAGUUAUUAUUUCCCUUCUAAAGGAUUCAUUUAAUAAAAUUACUCUAAAAUGAUUUGAGUUUGAGCUGUUGAAAUAUUACUUCUGCUAAAAUAAAGAGUAAAAUUAAACUGUU